AUGUCGUUCUUUGGAGGCACAGGUGAGAGGGCGAUGCGACUUCACCCUGCCACGGUGUGCCCUGUCCUUCCGAGUGCCCUUUUGAGACACCUUGCUCGGCUUGGCACUCGAUCGACUCCAGAAGCUUUCUCCCUCUCGCCAGGAUUCGGCGCUCCAGCUGCAUCCAGUCCCUUCGGACAGACUCAGCCGACCAACGUAUUUGGGCAGGCGGCCACGGGCAGUAGCUUUGCGUUCAAUGCUGCCUCGUCAGCCUCCAGCCUCUUUGGGGCCGGGAGUUCGCCGGCGUUCGGUGCCACCCCCGGGUCGACGUUUGGAUUCGGCGCGCCCGCCGCGCCCUCCCCCUUCGGCCAGCCGCAGGCCUCGACCUUCGGCGCGGCGCCCUCCUUCGGCAGCCCCGGCGGGUUUGGCGGCGGCGCCGCUGCCACCGCAGGCCGGGGGACUCGCGGCGUGCCCUGGCGCAAGACCCAGGAACAAGACGGCGCGGCCAAUGGCCCCAAGACCACCGCCCCGGCUUCCGCGCCCUCCGUCUUUGGGGCGGCGAGCGCCCCCGCGUUUGGCUCCCAGAGCCCGUCUCCGUUUGGCGGCGGCGGCUUUGGGGUGGCCUCCACACCCGCAUUCGGCCAGGCCGCCUCUUCCCCCGCCUUUGGCUCCACCAGCGUGUUUGGCGGGGCGCCGCAGCAGCAGACCUCGGCCUUCGGGGCCACGUCCACCUUUGGCACGACGCAGGCGCCCGCCUUUGGCGCAGCCGCCUCGGCCCCCGCAUUCGGCGGGUUCGGCACGCCCGCGGCCUCCGCGCCCGCCUUUGGCGGCUUCGGCGCGCCGCCCGCAGCCUCCGCGCCGGCCCAGCGCGGGCCCGCCGGUUUCUCCCCCGGCGGCGGGGGGUGGGGCUACGCGGCCUCACCCCCGCCCCGCAUCCCGGCGCUGGCGGUGCCGCGCACGCUGACCCCCCGCCCGGGGUCGCGCAUGCGCCCCGGCCGCGCAGUGAGUCACCUGGGCGCGAGUGGGCGCGGCGCGGCGGCCGGCCCCGAGGCCACGCCCUCCCCUCGCUCUGCCCUGCCUGGGCCCGCCGCCUCGCCCGGCGCCGGCAUGUUUGCGGUGGCGGCCGCCACGUCGCCGUGCGACGCUCGCGGCUCGUCGGCGACGCCCGACGCGCCAGCCCCGGGGGGCCUGUUCGCGCCGCGCGACGACCCGCGCCGCCUCUUCGUCCGGGACGCCCUGCCCUCCACCGCCGCCGGCGCAGGGCCCGGGUUCGUGGCGGGCGUGCUGCCGGCGCCGCGCACGCCCCGGCCGGCGCCUGGCGAGGGAGGGGCCGGUGUGUCCCCGGCGGCUAAGAGGGGUGGCAGCGGCGCCGCGGACGACCGUGCCGACGUCGCCAACGGCGACGCGGGUGACAACAGCGCCGCCGCUGCGUCCCCGCACUCCGCCCACCGCCCCGACUCGGAUCCCGAUGCCACGCUGGCGGGCCUGCUGCCGCGCCUGACCCGCCCCGACUACUACACGUUUGUCGUCGGCCGUCGCGGCCUGGGCAGCGUGGCCUGGCUGGAGCCCGUGGACGUUCGCGGGCUGGACCUGGAUGACGUGAUCACCAUCUCGCGGGGCGGGGUGGAGGUGUACCUGGAGGGCCCGGCCAAGCCGCCGGUGGGCGCGGGCCUGAACCGCCCCGCGGAGGUGACCAUGCUCAAGAUCUUCAAGACGGACAAGGCCACGGGGCAGCCGGUGACAAACGCGGCGGCGGUGGAGAGCUUCACGAGGAAGCUGAAGCGGGUGACGGCCGAGCAGGGCGCGCAGUUCGUGUCCUACGACCCCCGCACCGGCACCUGGCGCUUCACGGUGGAGCACUUUUCGCGCUACGGCCUCUUUGAUGAUGAGGACGACGACGAGGACGACGAGGAGGGGCGUUCGGGCGACCACGGCGCAGGAGUGGGCCAGGAGAAGCCGACCCCAGUCGGCCCGGCGUCGGCGCGGCGCGGCCGCCGGCGCCAGGUCGUGGACUCCGACGGCGAGGGGGGCAGCCCAGGCGCCGCCGAUCCGGACAGUCCCCGGGGACUGGCUGGCGCGCGGCCCCCACCCUCGGCGGGGCUGGGGCUGGCCUGGGAGGAGGACGACGAGGAGGAGCGGGAGGACAUGCAGCAGAGCGACGGCGCGAGCGUCAGCGGGGAGGCGUCGGACGAGAGCUUCGGGGGCGCACUGGCCCGCUUCGUCCCCGGCGGCCGCGCGCAGGAUUUUGGGGGGGCUCCCACCCUGGUGACAUCGCUGCCUGCCAGGGUGGGAGCCUCUGAGCCGGAAGACCUGCAGCGAAUCGGCCCUGAGGAGCUGGCCCUGGCCUCCCCGGGCCUGGCGGAGAUGCCCGGGCCACGCAGGGUGCCCACGGGCCCCGCCACGGCGCAGGGCCACACCCGCUGCCGCGUCGGGGCUCACCCAGUCACCCCGGCGGCCGAUGCGGCCGACCGGGCGGACCCCGCCCGCUGGCUGGGGCGGUCCUGGCGCGCCGGGUGGGCGCCCUCCGGCCUCCUCGCCCACCCAGGCGGGAGCGAGGCCAGCGCGGCGCACCUCGUGGUGGAGUGCUCGCCCUCUGCGCGCGCCGGGGUCGCGGCGACCAAGAAGGCGACCCACCUGGAGGCCCUGCUGCGCAUCCACCUGCGGCACAGCCGCACCGCGCUCGGGGCGCAGGCCGCCGCCUGGGAGCUGCUGCACGUGCUCUUCGGCAGGCUGGAGGGCGAGGUGGGGGGCGGGGGUCCGGGGGAGGCCGGGUGCGGUGCGGAGGACGCGCCGGACGCCGACGGGCUCGGCGCGCGCGACGCGCCGGACGCCGACGGGCUCGGCGCGCGCGACGCGCCGCUCCGGCUUCUGGUCGACCUCCGGCGCCGCGCCGCGCUCAGCGACUGGCUGCGCGACCGCGCCCGCGCCGGGGCCGGCAACGGAGAGGCCACCAGCCGCGACGUGGCCGCCCAGCGCGAGGUCUGGCGCGGCGCGGGGUUCGAGCCGCACCUGGACGCCACGCGCGCGCUCUGCUACGCGCUGCACGACCACGAGGUGCGCCUGGCACGCCUGCUGGAGGCGGGGGCCUGGCGGGAGGCGCACGACGUGCUCUGCGCCCACGUCGCGGCCGGGCGCCUGCUGGCGGGGGGUGGCGAGGAGGGAGGGAGGGAGGCUGGUGUGGGCCAGGCCAUCCAUGCCGGCACAGGGAGAGGUCCGGCAUCGCCCCGCCCGACCUUCGCCGCGGCACCCGUCUCGCUCUCUCACGCCCUGGAGACGCUGGCGCCCCACGCCACGGCCAUCGACGGCUGGGAGGCGGGCGCGGGCGCGUACGUGCGGCACCUGGCCCUGCGCGCCGCGCACGUCGGCCAGGCGCGCAGCACGGGCGGCGGGUCUGACGGCGCCGAGGCACUGCGGGGGGCCCGCGUCGCGCAGGCCGCCGCGCUGGCGGCUGCGCAGGAGCGCUGGGGCCUGGCCGGCGCCGGGUGGUCAGCGGGCCGGGCGGGGCGCGGCGACGCGGCGCGACGCCAGGCCGCGCUCGCCCUCAUGGCCUCGGAGCUGGGCGGCUGGGAGCUGGCGGACGGCGGCGAGGCCGCGCCGGCCCCGGCGCAGGCGCUGGCCGCCGCGCAGCUGCCGGCGCAGACCGGCCUGCGCCUGUCCUGCAGCGUCCAGCUGGCGGCCGCGGCCCUGGCAGAGCGCUGGAGCGAGCCGGCCUGA